GUUUUUGAAGAAACACGAACGCUUACGCGUAGCCAAAAACCCCUCUUCCUCCUCAAUCAUGAACCGGCAGUACAAAAUGAAUAAUUGCAUCAUGAAUAUUAGGCCAGUGCAUCACAGCUAGUGCCAAUUUUAGCCAGAACAUCAUCGCUAGUGCCUGGGUCCUCAUCUCUCUCUCUCUCUCUCUCAACUUGAAUACCGAGCCAAAGUUACAAGAUGCAGAUUAUCAUAAAGGAAUCAUCCAUGGUGCUGCCGAACCAGGACACACCAAACCACCGGCUAGAGGUCACUAACCUGGACCUGUUUCAUGCAAAAUAUCAUGUCCCUUUGCUGUUCUUAUACAAGCCAAAUGGAUCUUCCAAUUUCUUUGAAGUUAAAGGGCUCAAGGAGGCACUGAGCAAAGUUCUUGUGUCAUUUUACCCUGUAGCUGGGAGAUUGGCAAGGGAUGCGAAUGGAAGAAUUGAGAUAAAUUGUAAUGGAGAAGGGGUUUUAUUCAUUGAGGCUGAGACAGAUUCUGCUAUGGGUGACUUUGCUGAUUUCAAGCCCAGCGACGAACUUCGACAGCUUAUUCCUACCGUUGACUCUAGUGACAUCUUUUCUUACCCGCUCCUCGUUUUACAGGUAACCAGAUUCACAUGCGGUGGAGUGUGCCUCGGAGUUGGAUGGCAUCAUACUCUGGCAGAUGGGACCGGAUGUCUUCAUUUCAUCACCACAUGGUCUGAUAUAGCCCGUGGCCUCACUGUUAAAACCCCACCAUUCAUCGAUCGAACCAUUCUUCGUGGCAGAGUCCCACCCAACCCUACCUUCCAUCAUGUCGAAUAUGAUCCAUUCCCUACCAUCAACACCCCUUUCCAAAACCCCAUUCGCCAGUCAGGUUCUAGAGACAUUUCUGUAGCCAACCUUAAGAUCCCACGUGAUUUACUUAACACUUUGAAAGCUAUGGCGAAGAAUGAUACUGCAAGCAAGACCGAGUACAGCACUUACGUGAUCCUUACCGCACAUAUAUGGCGUUGUGCAUGCAAAGCGCGAGGCUUGUCUUAUGAUCAAGCAACCAAGAUAAACAUAUCCACCAAUGGCAGGAAUAGAUUGCGUCCUCCAAUUCCACCUGGCUAUUUUGGAAAUGUAAUCUUCCAAGCUACACCCAUUGCUCUCUCUGGUGACCUCUCAUCGGAGCGAUUGGCUCACAUAGCGGAGAGAAUUCACAAAGCAAUAAAACGAAUGGAUGACGAGUAUUUGAGAUCAGCUGUUGACUACUUGGAAAAAGUAGAUGACUUGACUACUGUCAUGAGAAGCUCCGAAACUUAUAGGAGCCCAAACCUCAACAUUGUUAGUUGGGUGCGUUUUCCCUUUUACGACGCUGAUUUUGGAUGGGGCAAGCCAGUGUAUAUGCGGCCUGCGUUUGCGUUUGAAGGAAAAGGAUACAUUCUACCAAGCCCAACAAAUGAUGGAACCUUGUCGUUGACCAUUUGCUUAGAGACGGAUCACUUAGAAUCCUUCCAAAAGUUAUUUUAUGAGUACCAUAAACGAAGCUGCCUGUAAUGUUCGUGAUGAAUUAUUCAACUGGCUGAUGGUUCAAGACUCAAGAAUUUUCAUGAAUUGUUUUCUUAUUGGGAGGCUAUGCCCCAUCAGGGGAACUUUUCCUGUACCAAUAAAUUCAUAAAUUCUUAAGUUCCAAGCUCAGCUUUUCUAGAUUUGUAUCAAUACCAAUAAAAUUUAUGGGUGCUGAUGAUGAUGAUGGAAUUUUAUUUGUAUU